UUGUAAAAAUUUGUUUUUGUGGCCCACCUUGUAGUGAAUAUUAUAACAUUGCAACUUGUAACAACGUUGCAACUUUUUCUGUCUUUGCAUAUUUUAUGUACACAUAUUAUUGUUGUUUCUUGCUAUUAUGUUGCGCGCCAACGAAAAAUACUAAAGCAAAACAAAUAAAAAUUGCAUCAUUUUUGUUUGUUUACAUAGUAAUAAUGACAAGCUUUUAUUUGGAUCAGAAAUCUAAUAUAUUAUCUUUAAUUAUAAUAUUUUGUAGAAUGUAUUAUUUGGUUAUGUUUAAAUAUAAAAGGUAAUAAGUCAGUAUUUCUAAAAUUGGGUUUAUUUAAUGCUGGAUCACUCUCUACUAAUCACGACGAGUUUGCGGUGGCUUUAAAUUCUCAUUCCCCAGAUAUUCUUGCUAUUAAUGAAACUUGGUUGAAAGCUGGCGAGGAUGCGCGAGCACCCGUUGUCAAGGGUUUUAAACUUCUACAUGUACCUAGGUCACCUACAGUUCGCUCUCGAGGAGGCGGUGUAGGGUUUUAUGUUAAGCAAGGGCUUAAAGUGCGCAAGUGUUCACACCCGCCUGGACCUGUCGAAGUUGAGCAGAUGUGGAUAUCGCUUACUAUUAAUUUACACAAUAUCCUUAUUGGUACUGCUUACAGGCCGCCUUGGCUUGAUGUGGAUACAUUUUUUGAUACUCUUACGGAAUCCAUUUUGUUCUUUACUAAAUUUGAUGAAAUUAUCUUGCUAGGGGACUUUAAUAUUAACCUUUUAAAUAAUACCAGCAGCAGUUCUCAGCAACUCAAUAAUUUUUUGCGUUACACUAAUCUUCAAAAUUUUGUUACAGAGCCCACGCACUUCACGUCUUACAGUGAAACACUUAUAGAUAUUGUAUGUUCUAACAUUCCAAUUAUUAAUCUCAAAAUCAAUCAUAAUCCUGACUUAGGUGGACACGCGAUGAUUUUAGCUGAGGUGAAGAUAAAAAAGCCUAAAAUUCCGUCGAAACGCAUAACCUAUCGUCCUAUUAAGAAUAUUAAUAUGAUAGAAUUCAAUAAAGACCUUGAUAGAGUAAACUGGAAUGGGAUCAUCAAUGAUAAUAGCGUCGACAGUAUGGUGACUUCAUUUAAUAAGUCAAUUAUGGACAUUUUUGAUAAACACGCGCCUUUAAAAACAUUUAUGACAAAAGACCACUUUAGUCCCUGGCUAACUAGUAACGUUCGCUACAUUAUGAAACUAAGAGAUGAGGCGCAUGCAAAAUACAAAACGCGCAAGACAGAUGUUAGUAAAAGCGAAUAUAAAGACUUGAAACAUCUCUCUUAUAUUAGCGCCAUUUGUGAAAAGAAAGCUUUUUAUGAUCAUCAUAUUAACGCGCACUUAAAAAAUUCAACCUACCUUUGGAAAAAUCUGAAAAAGCAUGUUUUACCCAAUUUCAAAAAUACUGGCGAUUUACCUGAAAAUUUUGAUGACCCCGACAUAAUAAAUGACCAUUUUCUGAACAUACCUGGUAAUGAUGUAAUCGACGAAUCUUGUCUGGCACGUUUUGGUUCACAGAAAUUUUUAAAGGAUAGUAGUUUUCAAAUUGAGCCUGUACAUGAAAAUGUAGUUGCAAAAAUCAUACUGGCGAUUAAAUCGAAUGCGCAAGGAAUAGAUAAAAUUAACAUGGAUAUGAUUGUUCUUACAUUACCUACGACUCUUUCUGUUAUCACAGCUAUAGUUAACAAGUCAAUACUAUCCUCGAAAUUUCCUUCACUCUGGAAAACAGCUUUAGUUCUGCCUUUACCAAAAAUUAAUGAUCCUGUAAGUGUCAAAGUGGUGUCAAAAAUGCAUGAUUUCAAUGUAAUAGAGAAUUAUAAGCACUGAGCAAAGCGUGUCGG